CUUCAUCUUCUUCUUCUUCCCAGCUUCAGCAGUCUCUGCAAAUCCUUCAUUUUAGAGAGAGAAAGAAUUGAUUGAAAAUGGCAUUUGCAGGUACAACCCAGAAAUGUAACGCAUGUGAAAAGACAGUUUAUCUUGUUGAUAAGCUUACUGCUGAUAAUCGUAUCUUUCACAAAGCUUGUUUUCGAUGCCAUCAUUGCAGGGGAACCCUUAAGCUGGGGAAUUACAAUUCCUUUGAAGGGGUCUUAUAUUGCAGACCCCAUUUUGAUCAGCUCUUCAAAAGAACUGGUAGUCUUGAGAAAAGUUUUGAAGGGACACCUAAGAUAGUUAAGCCAGAGAAAAUAGUGGAUACAGAGAAACCUUCGAUUGUUAAAGUUUCUGGUAUGUUUGGAGGAACAAGGGAGAAAUGUGUUGGUUGUAAGAACACUUGUUAUCCAACUGAAAGGGUAACUGUGAAUGGGAGUUCAUACCACAAGAGUUGUUUCAAGUGUAGCCAUGGAGGCUGUGUUAUUAGCCCGUCGAACUACAUUGCCCAUGAAGGGCGGCUUUAUUGCAAACACCACCAUACUCAGCUUAUAAAGGAGAAGGGAAACUUGAGCCAGCUUGAAGGAGGCAAUGACAAUAAGGAACCUGCAGUUGCAAAUGGACAAAUGGCUAUUGCCUAAGUGAUUUUUAUCUUGUUUAUUUGUUGUUUUUUUGGCAUUUCAUUUCCUCCUCUAUGGAUUGUUCUUAUGCAUCUUGUGAAAUACCAUUUUUUUGUGAAAGAAAAAGAUGGGUUUUUCUUUAUUUUAUCAUAUGGAGAUUUUAUCAUUUAUUACUAUGGAUUGUCUUAUUAAUAAUAGAAUGUGUUAGUUUCAUUUCUU